GCAUUGAAUUAUCCUUUCGGACCCUUGAUUUUAGCUUUUAGCUUAUAGAUUGGAUUUACGGAUUACAUUCACUUCAGUUGGAAUAUUUUUAUACAUUUUCAAAGCUAUUAACACUGUAAAAGUCGCAGAUCAAAACAUUUCAUUCUGUUCGGUUUUAAUUCUGCUAACGGAUUUAAGAGAAUAUGUUCCAGCAUAUUUUUCGACACCACAAGGAGGAUUAAUUGAAUAUUUCCUUAUAUUCUCUGCCUUUUAAAUAAGUAACACCUCAAAAUGUCAUCUUCAAUAUGUCCACACUUCACACAGAAUGCUUGGAAAAAGGACUUAUGUUCGAAUUGUUUUAAAUCAAAGGAUGAGCACAAACAAGCUUCUGCCUCCAGUUCAAGAUUUUCUGCAUUUAGUACAUCUUCUAUAUUCACUUCUAAUCAAAGUCAAAAAAUUGAUGCAAGUGACAACAAAAAGACUGACUAUCCGAAUAAGCACAGAACACCUGUGAAGAGUAUCAUUAAGAAAGCACUUGCCAAGACUAAUAAAAGUAAAUCGCACAAAGUAUGUUUUCGUAAAACUCUGUUCGAAGUCAUUGGUUACGGAGGUGAAUGGUCUGAUGAUUCCGAUGACGCAGACGACGAUGAUUUUAUGAACAUUGGCAAUGAACAUGAUGACAAUGCUAUCACAAAUACGGACGAUGAGGAAACUGCAGAGCUUAAACGCAUAACAAAGGCCAAUACAGAUUUCAAUAUGAAUAAUGGAAACUUGUUAGGCGAUCCGCAAGAGAAUAUUAAGAAAUCAUUUGCUGCACUAAAAUUAGGUGCCCCACAAGUUGAUAAGGAGGGCAAUAAGCAGACAUUGAAAAUAAACGUUGUGCCAUUUGGUGCGACAACAAAUGCCACAGCAGUCACAUCAACUAUAUCGAAUGCAACUGAUACGACAAAACAGAUGACUGCAGCAACAACUGUAAAAGGAAGAUUUGAAUCGAAAUCUGGAUUGGGUAAUUCAGACACGAAACAAAAUGUAAACAGUGAAAAGACUAUAAAGAAAACACCCCCUUCGCUUACUUUUACUAGUGUCAACAGUAACACAAGUUCCACAUCAGUAAGUAGCAACUCAAAAUCUGCAAACUCUAACGGUGGCUCAAUACUAACUAAGAUACAAAACAAGCAGCAGGAAUCAUCCAGUGAUAGCGAUGGUAAAAACAGUCCUCCAAUUGAACGUGCAAUGGAAAAGUCUCUGUUAGAUGAAAUUUCUGAGACUCUUGAGCAGAAACAAAAUGAGUCAAAUAAACUGACUGGACAGGAUAAAGUAAUGGCUGUUGGAUCUAAGAUUAAGUUCGAAAUAUCAAGUUUGAGCGAAUCUGUCGACUCGAAGCCCUUUCUCGACCUUAAAAAGCCGAUCGUGCGCAAUCCGCCUAUUACCAAGGAACACACAAAACCCAAAAUAAAUGUUUUUCAUAAAUACUCCGACACAGACAGUAACUGUUCCGAUGCUGAAAAUGGGGUAUCGGCAUAUUAUGAUGUAGUUGAAACACAAAUCAGUUAUGAAAAUUUGGCAGAUGGUAAAUUCAGCAAUGAUAAAAAAAGCAUAAAUGCCAUUAAUGAAUCAGACAAAAAUGCGACUAAGUCACACUUUUCAAAUUCCCAAUACAUUACCGACAUGUUGUUAUCUUCAAAAACACGUGCUGCAUCUUAUAACUUACAUGAGGGCAACUUUAUGACCAGUAAAAUUACUUCUGAUGGAUUGAUUGUCACAAAAUGCAGUUCGGAUGACGCUCUGGACUCUACUGGCAGUAGUUUCGAUGGCAGCAGCGAUGAAGAAACCUCUUAUAAUAUGAUUCGUAGUGAGUCCGAUUCAGGCAUUGGAAUAAGCAUUGGGAAUGAAUUCAAAAAUGGUGGAACAGAAAAAGAACGGGAACGUCAGCGUUUGGAAAAUAAACUAAGUAUCAGUACGAACAAUUCUGAUUAUGAGGAUAUACAAGUCGCAAACCAAACAUCAGUUGUAUCUAAAGUGGCAGUAGCUCCACGUGCCAAAAAGUCAAUAUUUCCGCCAGAAAAGAGCAGAGAGCUCCACGGUGAACCAGAUGGUAGUGCUGAUCCUGAUGGUAGUCUAGAAAAUAAGGAACAGGCGAACCAUAUUUUACCCGCAUUGCCUAAAUCACCACCGCCAACUAAAAUAAUAGAAGCACGACCUUCGUUUCUGCAUGGUUUACAAAAACAACAUCCACCAAUUGUGUUAAAAAAACCAGAUUUGCCAGCGAAACCUAUUGUUUCUCCUGUAAAUAGUCCAUUAAAAACAUUUGUAACCAAAAGACAGCCCACUUGUGCCGAACAACAGGUUAUUAGUCAGUUACAGCUGGUGAUGUCAAAAUCAAACGAGAACUUAAACGCUGACAUAAUAAAAGAUGACGCUAAGCUUAAAAAAGGUAGAGCGCCAAAUCCGCCGCCUGAGUAUAAAACAAGUGCGCCGCCAACGCCAGAACGCGACUACAGCUUAGUACUUGAAUUUGAAAAUGAAAUGAAAGAAGAUGAAAAGAAAAAACUAAUAUCAAUUUCAGUUGAAGAGCAACCACAGUCGACUGUGCAAACGCAAUCCGAUUUAAAUGCAAAUACAGAAAAGACAAAGCAUGUAAAAACUGAAACGGAUGCUGUGAAAUUGAAAGAACUAAUAACACCAAAUGUGACGGAAAUAAUACCAAAUUGUUCUGCUAAUAUUGCAGAGACUAACUCGGCAAAUUCUUCUUCAAUUUCUUCAAGUCUUUAUACGCGUAAACUGCCAGCAAUAGCUAGCAAUGUGGGAAACAUCACCAAAAAUUCUUCGUCGCCAGUCAUUAGAGAAAAGGAUAAGCGAGAACGAGCUACUGUAAAUCCUAAGUUCCGUAGCUUGAACACAUUUGUUACACAACGGAGCAAUGCAGUUAAAAACUUACAAUAUCAAACUGGUUCCGGCCAUAUGUUGAGCAGCUUUAAGCAGCCAUUGACACCGGAAUUGAUACCAAGAAAUCACAAAAACCUGUCGUUGUCUGAACAAUGCCUAACCGAAUCGGGCAGUCAAUCAACUGUAAUUUCUGUUUCAACAAUGAACUUAACAACAACAGCAGCAAACUUGUCAACUUCAUCAAAUACUACAGCAUCAUCGAACGACAAGAAGGCAGCAUCACCAACACAAAAAGCCAAAACGAAAUUCUCUAUAAAAAAAUUUUUACGCAUGGGCACAAGCAAAACCACAGAUAAUCUGCAUAAGAAAGAAGGCAUUUACUCAGAGAUAUGCACAGGAGAAGACGCAAGCGUCGCUGGUAAGCCGCGCCUAGUAAUCAUACAUCCGAUUGAUAUUAAUCCCACGGCCGUAGAAGUAGUAAAAGAUAUAACCAAAACAAAUGAUGCAGUUGCGACCCAAACUGUUGCAGUACUUACAGCGAAACCACCAGCACCACCCUUGCGUGCAACAGAUGGACAACGCUCACAUGAGAUUAACAAACCGGCUAGACCACCACCACCAAAAAGCGCAGAGUUGCGCCGGAAACAAAAGAUUGGGUUAUGUGCCACGUCGAGCUUAGGAGAAGCAGGCGGUUCGAUUAAAUGCAAGUCCGACAACGUUUAUGCCAAUUUAGGUGAAAUACGUUCGUCGAUUGCACCUCGCAAACCUGAACGUACGGCAAGCAUGCGCGAGCGUGAAGCGCAACUAGAAUUGGCACGUAAACGGCAUGUUGGAGCACGCAAUGAAAAUAUUGAUACUAUCUCCAUUUGCUCGUCAAAUGGUGAUAAUGUAUCAUUGGACCAGGUUUCAACUCAUCAUAAUAGUGCCUUACAUUCUAAAAACUCAACUGGAGGUAUUCCUGGUUCACAGCUUCCCACAACAAAUCGCACAACAGCUAUUUUAACUAAUAAUUCCUUCAAUUCUGUUGUAGACGGUAAGCCACCAAGUGGAAGCCGCACUAGCACUUUUGAGCGCAAGAAGGGUAAUGAUAGCAAAAUGCCAAUAGCAAAUAAAUUAGAAAUAUUUGAAAACCCGACAAACAAUAAUAUUAAUAAAAACGAGCUUGCCAAUUCUAUAGGAAACGCAAACAGUAAUGCAACUGACAACCGACCUACAAGUCUUAAAGAUUCUGUACGUAAAAUCAACAAUACUAUCGAUAGUUAUCUAAAAGACAAACGCGACUACGAAAAUAUGUACGAAUUUGUCAAGGCAUCUGCUUCACCUCCGCCACCACCUGCAAGAUCAGUAGAUCUCACAAAUGGAGGACAACGUAUAUUACCUACUCGGCGCAGCAAUAAUUUGUACUCAGAUACGGCAUCGGUGACUAGCUACACACGUAGUGAAUAUGGAGCUUCUCGUACUUAUGGACUGAAUAAUAGUCUGGCCAAUAUUCCACGCAUUAUUUCUGCUUCGUAUUGUGGUAGCGAAGUCGGCGAAUUUGACAUUUAUGCACCCUAUAGUUACUAUGGCAGCGAGGCAGGUGGCGAUGUAGCCACUGACAUUAAUGAUAGUGUAUGGGGCAUACCAUCGGCUGUCAAAAAUCGUGUAAAGGCAACAAACCGCUUACGUAUGCGAAAGGGACGAAGUGUUGUGCAUAAGACUAUUGAGGAUAACUAUACUGCAGUUGUGGUUGCCAAUCACGAAGCACUGGCGCAGGUUUUAGAUCAGUUGCAACAAACGCCGAUUAUACCACCAGCGCUUCGACCUUUGGCAAAUGCUAUAAACUUACGUUUUGAAGAUUUUACAAUACUAGAAGGUACACAAGCAUUUGUAGUUGGUAAAAAAGCAUUCCAUGCAGCACUUUGGACCACUGCACCAGUGACCCUUGCGCUAUCAGCUGAUUGUAAUCAACUUUCUGGUGUGGGUGGUGAACUUAACCAGUUAUCUGGAGGAAUAUCUGGCGUGCUAAAUCCAAUUACGGAGUUCUGCGAUUUGGUGCCAAGUUAUCAUUUACCACUAAUGCCAACGACGGAAGUAACACUUUUGCAGGCAACAAUUUCAGUACUACCACGACUUCAACUAGAUACACUGUUAUCCAUUGGCGCAAUUUUGAAAGGAAAGUCACAAGUACUAGACAAAAGUAAUUAUAACUUCCGCGGUUCAAUACCGAAUUUGACAGGACUGAAGGAUGGUAGUAGUGCAAGUGCGCUAAGAAAUGUAGUGUCUGUGCAAAAUUUAUGUACACUUAAUGAAGAGUCGUCUGUAGAGAAAAACAUUAAAUCGGAUGAGGAUUCCCACUUAGUUCCGAGCAUGCCAGCGUUUGAUGAUGUGAUGACACGCGAAGUAGCUUUCAUAAUGUUGCAGUUAGUGAAUGGCAUGAAAAACUUACAAGUCAAGGCGAUCGAAGAUAUGCCGUUGAGUUUAUCAAAUGUUGUGCUUUCGAAGGAUAUAGACAACAAAGAUGCACAAGCCAGACUUUGCGUUUUACAAGGUAGCAAUAACGACGAAGAUGAACAGAUGGGCACACUUUGUAAGUGUGCUCAUAUUGCACUCACUGAUUUGUUGCCAGCGACAAAAAUAACGCAAAUUUUAGCUGACAUAUUAUCACAAGAACGGGCUGAAUCACUCUCGAAGUCAAAAUCGGUUUUGGAGUUUGUGUUAUGGGGACCUUCAGACGUCAUUCUUUCCGGCUCAGCAAAAGAACGGGAGCUUGCAUUGCAACACUGGCUGGACUUGGAACGUGCCACAGUUUUGCAUGGUUUAGUACGUACACGGAUAGAGUUGACAGUUUAUGAUGAAUGUCAUCUAAUGUUUUUAGUGCGAUCAACAGCGAAAAUGAUGAAUGACGCUGCUAAAAUCAUUUGCAAUUAUCAAAAUGUAACCCAAGCCACAUCCGUAAAAUCGGAACAGAUUUAAAAUAUUUAUGAUUAUACGAUUGAAAUCAAUUGAUUAUUACAUAUUUGGAAUUUAUUUGUUUUUAUUUUAUUUUCUAUACUUAUUAUAAUUCCAGUUUUAAAACUUAUUAGGUUUUUUUUUAUUAAUCUGUAUAUAUGAUUAAAAAUCAUCGCUUAUAGUGCCAAAUUCGAACAAUUCCCUGAUUUGCUUCCUUGCUUUUAAGUCUAAACUUAUCUUUGUAUAUUAUUGAUGUAAAACAUAUAAUAUAAUUUAAAUGUCUGAAGGAAAUUAUUUUUUUUAUUAAUUUGAGCUAUGCAGCCCUUUUCCAUUACAUUUAGAUAUAAAAUAUAUUUUUGUUAAUGGAAUAGUUAUAAAUUAAUUAAAAUAUUUUUAUAUAUAUUUUAUAUA